UUCUUAGCAGAAUCCAUGGGUCAAGGUUAGGUCAGUGGUGACAUAGAGGAAACCGUAGAGAUUAGACUAGACCGAGGAAGUGGAGAGGCUAGUUGACCCUGCAAGCCUCACUUCUUGUCGUACCCUAUUUUCGGAGAUUUUGAUAAUUGCCAUUCUCCCUAACUUUCAUCUUUUGUCUUCCUUGGAAACUUCUCCGAAGAUCUCGUAUAUUACGGGGGUGAUGGCGGACGCACAAUCGAGAUACGUUAAGCUGACAAAAGAUCAGGCGCCUUUAGAGGAUAUCAGACCUGGUGAACUUAAUCAGCCCAUUGAUGUUCCUCAGUUGCAUGUUCGAAAGUGCAAUGAAUGUGGACAGCCUUUACCUGAAAACUUUGAGCCUCCUGCUGUUGAACCUUGGACGACUGGAAUCUUUGGCUGUGCUGAAGAUACAGAAAGUUGCUGGACGGGACUGUUUUGUCCAUGUGUUCUAUUUGGGCGUAAUAUUGAGAACUUGAGAGAUGAUACCCCUUGGACUACACCGUGCAUUUGUCAUGCUAUUUGUGUCGAAGGUGGCAUUGCAUUGGCAGCUGCCACAGCAGUCUUCCAUGGUAUUGAUCCGAAGACAUCAUUUCUCAUUUGUGAGGGUUUGUUGUUUGCUUGGUGGAUGUGUGGCAUAUAUACUGGUCUUGCUCGACAAUCCUUACAGAAAAAGUAUCAUCUCAAGAACUCACCCUGUGAUCCAUGCAUGGUGCACUGCUGCAUGCACUGGUGUGCUCUAUGCCAGGAGCAUAGAGAGAUGAAGGGACGUCUGUCAGACAACUUUGUCAUGCCAAUGACUAUCGUCAACCCUCCCCCUGUUCAAGAAAUGAACUCUGCCAGUGAAAACCAGGAUUCAACACCACCCUCCGGAACUAGCACCAACUUGGAGAUGCGGCCGCUGUAAGAUCCGUCACUGAUGGUACAAAAGGCAUUUUGGUGAAUGAUUUUCGUCUCGAAGGGGUCAUAUUUUCAUAUUCUUGUCAUGUUUCUCAGUAGAAUUGGCUAGCCUUUACACCCGAACUCCUCCGUACUCCAUUGCUUACGCUCAUGUUGGCACCUGGACAGAUGCUUUACUUAAUUCUCUGACCCGUGAGGCUCUUUAUUAGAUAUACAGAUGUGGUCACUUCAACUUUAAUUGCUUCAUUGUACAGAUGGUGCAAUUUUAUUUUAUAAAAGGUACUCCCAUACAAUCUUUGAUGAUUUGUUGUCAACGGCCAACCACCCCAUUGAAAGAGAAUGUAGGCUGUCUCACCUUUGAUA